GGAUGAGCAAGCGGUCAGGCUAGCCAACUGCUACCAAUGCUAGGAGACAGCUGGAGUAGAGUAGAUCAGCUGAGCAGUGUUUACAAGACAGUGGAUGGGGAAGGACGUGUUCCUGGCUGCUUUCUCACUCAUCCUGGCUGGCACAUAGCACGUCAUCAUGGUUCUCUUUGGAACCUACAUAGACUCAAAAAGAAAGGCAGCACGCAAAUACAUAGCGGAAUGGCAGGCAACGGUCUAUUCGCUUGUUGUGUUUUCGGCAACAAUGGUGGUGAUGUUUUGGGCGAGUGUCUUUCUCUACACCUCGUUCUACUUCACUUACAUGCCAGAUGAAUCUAUCACAUGGCCAAUGAAUUUUCAUUACCAAUCAUGCCAGGAUAGGCCAGGUAUCUGCAGCAACCCAUAUGCCAUCAUUAGUGUUACCGAUCCUACUCGUGGCUCUGUGCUCGCCCGAGGUCAGAAAUACCGUGUGGUUGUUGAUAUUGAAAUGCCAGAGUCUCCCACAAACCAAAGGAUAGGUAAUGAAGAUGACAUGUUCAAUGUAGGUAUGUUCCUGAUUAACAUGAGCAUGAGGACGCACUCAGGCCAGAUACUACGUAAAUCAUCACGUUCCACCAUGCUGCGCUACAGGUCACCUCUCCUCCACACCUUAUCUACUGUGACAUUCUCUCCACUGCUUCUGUAUGGUAUUCAAGAAGAGAAGCAAAUGGUUACGGUGGAGCUCUUCUCUCAGUAUGAGGAAGAUCCGGUGACACCGCUCUCAGAUGUUCAUGUGGAGUUGGAAUCCCGGUUCGUAGAACUUUAUGGUGCGCAGUUACGAAUUCACGCUAUCUUCUCUGGCCUUCGUUACCUCAUGUAUCACUAUCCACUCGUGUCAGCUGCCAUGGGCAUUGGUAUUUGUAUGGUUUUCCUUUCAGCAGUAGUGAUCUUCAGCUGGUACCAGUUUUCAGGACCUACCUUAAAUGCAAGGAUUGGUGCAAGUCAAGGAACUUUACCCAAUGGUAAUGCAUUGACAAUAUCUCAAGAGAAUAGCAAGUUGGCUAACUUGGCAGAUGACAAAUUGGGUGAUGGGACGGAUCAAAAGGAAAAUGUAUUUGACCUUUUUGAAAAGUGUGAGCUGGACCAUGAGAGCAAGGCAGCACCAGGACAGGUCACUGGUGGAGAUGACCACAAGGUGAAGACUGAUCAACACAGCGAUACAAAGAGACAUGGCAGUGAUGAUUUUGAAGUCAUCGGCUCCUCUAAGGCACCAGAUGAGAUUGGCAGCCAAGGAGCAUCAGAGCUGAGUGCUGCAUCACCAAGUGAGACAGACGGUAGACAGGAAUCUAGAGUUGUCAGCAUUGAUGAAAAAUAUGACCUAACAGGUGAGGCAGGUAGCAGUCACACAUCAGGAGUUCACAUAAUUGAUGAUGAUGACAAGAUUUCAGGCGAGACAGACAGCAUGCGAGGCUCAGUUAAUGAUUACGAAGACAGCGAUAUAAAAACUGAGGAAACUAGCACCAGAGAGGUAUCGAGCACUGACAGUGAUGAGGAUUUUGUCAUUCGCCAGAGAGUUCAGUGUGAAGAAUACUCCCAUUAAUAAGAAACUGCUGGGUGUUUACUUGUUUAGUUAACACAAGAUUCAGUAUGAUACCAAAGCAUAGCAUGCUUUUCUAAUAUUCAUUCCAUGAAUGCCCUUCUGUAUUAAAUGUGAUGAUUUAUUUUGGUGCCUUUGUAUACACUCACAGUAUAUGCAUUUAUCUACAGUAGGGGCACUGUAGGGACUCCUAAACAUUGUUUACAUUUUUUUUUCAUCAAUCCGGCCGUAUCCCACCGAGGCAGGGUGGCCCCAAAAGAAAAACAAAAGUUUCUCUUUUUAAAUUUAGCAAUUUAUACAGGAGAAGGGGUUACUAGCCCCUCACUCCCGGCAUUUUAGUCGCCUCUUACAACACGCAUGGCUUACGGAGGAAGAAUUCUGUUCCAUUUCCCCGUGGAGGUAAGAGGAAAUAAACAAGAACAAGAACUAGAAAGAAAAUAGAAGAAAACCCAGAGGGGUGUGUGUAUAUAUAUAUAUAUACAGUGGACCCCCGCAUAACGAUCACCUCCAAAUGCGACCAAUUAUGUAAGUGUAUUUAUGUAAGUGCGUUUGUACGUGUAUGUUUGGGGGUCUGAAAUUGACUAAUCUACUUCACAAUAUUCCUUAUGGGAAAAAAUUCGGUCAGUACUGGCACCUGAACAUACUACUGGAAUGAAAAAAGUUCGUUAACCGGGGGUCCACUGUAUAUGCUUGUACAUGUAUGUGUAGUGUGGCCUAAGUGUGAGUAGAAGUAGCAAGACAUACCUGAAAUCUUGCAUGUUUAUGAGACAGAAAAAUGGACACCAGCAAUCCUACCAUCAUGUAAAACAAUUACAGGUUUCCGUUUUACACUCGCUUGGCAGGACGGUAGUACCUCCCUGGGCGGUUGCUGUCUACCAACCUACUACCUAGGUGUCUGCAUUGUAUUUCAUCAAUUAUUAAUAGUGAUUCCCCUAUAUCUCAGGAGUUUCAUUAUUUAUAUUUUACAGGUCUGUUGAUUGUUAGUGUAUGUUUGCAAAAUUAAAUUCAGUGUAUAAUGAAUUAACAAGUUGGUAAAGGUGUGCAUUGGUGAUACAUUUGAUUCUUGAUGUUUGGUUUAUAUAUAUUGGAUUAUAUUAAAAUAAUGUAGAUAUGAUGUAUUUAUUUUAAAAUUACCUAUGAUGCUUUAUGUCUGAAUAAUUCAUUGUUUAAGUGAGGUCUGGCAAGCUCUUAAGAUUUCCUGCAGCCAAUUCAGGAUAUUACUGUUUGGCUCUUUAGUGUCAAGUUUUAAAUAGACUUAAUGCAGUAAAGUUAUUACUCUUUACUAGUACCAAUUUAUACCAAUAAAAACCACUGCAUAAAGUGUGUAUUUACCACUUGCUGGCAUUACACCUUUAUUAAAUGUAAGAGUCCAGUGCUGUAAUAGAUUACAUUCAAAAUGGACUGUAAUACAAAAUACUGAUAAAA